AUGUAUGAUUUAACAGAAUAUGAAGGCUUAACGAUGUCAGAUGUAAAGAAAGGCAAACCAAAAAAGAGACCAUAUAGAGAUGAAAGCACACUGACAGAAAGACAGAAAAGAUUAUUGAACAGACUUAAACAAACAGGAGAUAAACAAGAUAUAGAUGACUUCUGGAAUGAAAUCCUUGAUGAAAAGAAGUUUUAUAAGAAGAGAAGCGGUCAGUUCUGGAAGUAUCUUUGCACAUUACCUAUAAAUCUUGAACGCUACCAAAUCUUCAAUGAACUGAACAAAAGAACUGCAACACUUAUGACAGAAGACAAUUGUUUCGUUUAUGCUUGCAUUCAGGCUGAAGUAGAUGGAGAGACUAUUGACCACAUGAGAGAAGUCAUUCGUGUUAGAGACUUUCCACAAAGUAAAGUACAAGAAAUUUCUGACGCAACAGGUAUAGCAUUCAAUGUUACCAUUGGUUAUUUCAAUGACUCAAGACAUAAUGAAAUAAAGAGAUACGUACCAAAAGAAUGUAAAACUGUUCGAACUAUUGACCUACUUCUUGUUGAAGACCACUACAUGCUAAACGAAAGACUUCCAAUGACAACAUAUUUCAUUCGCAACUAUAUAGAAAUCUUGAAGGAGUGUGGUGGAAUGAACAUUGAGAAACAGAUGAAGAUUUAUACAAAGAGAGAUGGUAAAUAUGUAGUUCGCAUGGAUAGAACUACACCGUUAUGGGAUGUUAUGAAAACAUUGUGGGAGUGCAAAUAUUUCGAACCUAUUUCUUAUGGAGAACUUUUCACAUAUACGACUGACUUAUAUAAACAGAACCUUGCACCAUUUAAAGAUUUGACAUAUGCUCCAAAGUAUUGUGUACAACUGAAGAAGAAAGCAGAGUCAAAAGAAGUAAAUAAAGCUAAAUGUAAGUUCAUUCCUGAGCAUGUUUUCUUUGCUGACUUUGAGUGUAGCACAGAUGGCUUUCAUAAAGCUUUUAACAUCUGUUACGACAGUGAAGAUGGUUCAGUGAGUGAAAGCAUUUGGGGUCAGAACUGUGCAACAGAAUUUUUGGAACGACUUCCUGACAAGAGUUUAAUAUAUUUCCAUAACCUCAGUUAUGAUAUAAACUUCAUCUUAAGACAUAUGACAGAAGUGAAAGGAACUCCCAUCAUUAAAGGUUCACGAACAAUGCAAAUAACUGGCUUAUAUAAAGGACGGGCAAUUAUUAUAAAAGACUCUUACAGUGUUAUAAAUAAGAAGCUUAAACUAUUUCCUGCUAUGUUUAACUUACAAACAGGACCGAAAGAAGUAUUUCCAUACAACUACUACAGCAGUACUUUGUUAGCAAAUGACAACAGAACUGGUGUCAUUUCUGAAGCAUGUAAGUUUAUACAGGAUGCAGAUACAUUCAUGAAGAACAUAGAUUCCAUCAAAGGUUGCAGAAUAGAUGAAAACCAUUUCGACUUAGAAAAAUAUAGCUCAUUUUAUUGUAAACAAGAUGUAAGAAUUUUAAGAGAAGGUUUUGUUAAGUUCCGCAAUGACAUAUUGAAAGAAUUUGAUUUAAACGUUUAUGACUACGUUAGUAUUUGUUCAAUUGCUAACAAAUUAUUUGAGAACAGAGU